AUGGAGUGCACCAUCCCUGCACAAUGUUUACUGCUUUUCGCCGCCUGCGAGGAUGGGGACCUGGACGGCGCACGCAGGUUGCUGGAGCCAGAGAAUUCCAGCGGUUCGUCCAGCGCUGGGGGUCGCGGAGGAGAAGGGUCGGCCUCUUCCAGGGUAAAUUUACAAGGAUUCUCAGGUGGGGCCUCCACCGGAACCGCCCUUGUGCCAGUGGACUGCACGGAUGAAGAUGGGAACACGGCACUGCAGAUGGCUGCCGGAGGAGGACACGAACCACUGGUGAGGUUCCUUCUAAUGAAGGGGGCCUCAGUGGACACCAGGAACCACUACGGCUGGACGCCACUUAUGCAGGCCGCCAGAUCGGGGCAUCUAAAUGUCGCCCACAUAUUACUAGAAAAUGGAGCAGACGUCAACGCUCAGAAUCGGCUCGGAGCCAGCGUCCUUACGGUGGCUGCAAGAGGGGGUCAUGCUAGCGUGGUGAACCUGCUCCUCGAAAGCGGAGCGUUUGUGGACAAUUACGAUCAUUUUGACGUCAAUGCCAUAGGCAAAGGUCACGGGGGGGAGAUGCCGGAGAUUACUGCUUUGAUGACUGCCGUACAGCACGCUCACGAAGUGGCAGUGCGCCUGCUACUGGACUGGGGAGCCGAUGUGAACUAUUGUGUAAAGACCGGUUGGAGUCCGUUGAUGCUUGCUGCCCUACAUGGUCGUUUAAGCGUGGCGCAGCAACUGGUGGACAGAGGAGCUGAUCCCAACCAGGUGAACAGCUUGGGGAGGACCCCUUUCGAAAUUGCCCUAAAUUUUAAACAUAAAGACAUGAAAGACUACUUGGAUUCCAUCACAACCGUCAGGCCUAAGACCGAUGAGGAGAAGAGGCGGCCCGACAUUUUUCAUGCUGUGAAAAUGGGGAAUCUGGCAUUGGUUAAGGAAAUUGUGGAUGAGGAUUCCAAUCAGGUCAAUGCCGUUAAUGCUGAUGGAGCUUCACCACUCAUGAUAGCAGCCGUUAAAGGAAAACUGGAAGUGGUGCAACUUCUGGUGGACAAGAAAGCAGAUAUAAACAAACAGGACAGUGUCCAUGCCUGGACUGCUCUAAUGCAAGCAACCUACCAUGGAAACAAAGAAAUUGUUAUUUAUCUAUUAAACCAAGGUGCCGAUGUCAACCUGCAAGCCAAAAAUGGGUACACGGCAUUCGAUCUGGUUAUGCUGCUUAACGAUCCAGACACCGAGCUUGUCCAGCUUUUGGCAGCUGUAUGCCUGCAAGGAGACAAGGACAAGUCAAAGCAGAAAAAUAAAUUUCUUAAUACCAAGAGCAAACCGUCUUUUACCAUCCCAGUUCCUCCAGAUGACAAAGCGGGCAUCAAGUCAUGGUGGAACAGAAUGUCCAAUCGGUUUCGGAAGCUGAAGCUCACUCAGACCUUGAGACACAGCUUCACCCCCAGUCGUCUUGUGCCUUUGACUGAAAACGUCAGUUCUUCUUUUGAUUCCAUGAUAAAAACACUCUCGCAGACAGACAUGGGUAACUCUCAAAGACCCGACUCUACUACAGCUUGGACUGCUUACUCUAAAGACAGUGGUCUGGGCAAAACAAAAACCGACGGCGAUGACUUGCUCCUUGCUACCAUGUUAAAGAACGGUUCUCCAUUUGCCAAACUUCCCAAUGAGAAACUGAAGGCUGUGAUUCCACCGUUCUUACCGCCCUCAAACUUUGAGUUGUGGAAUUCUGAUCGGUCUCGGAUCAGCAGAGAUGGAAAAUUGGACCAGACCCGCUCCUCCACGCCCCAGAGACUGUCAAAGCCAAGUUUUAACAGCAGUGGUAAUUUGGACAUCACUUCAAUCAGUAGAGCGCCCAGAACUGUUAAAUUUCCGUCUCUGCCAAGAAGCCCAGCGUCUCCUUCAAAUUCAGGCAACUUCAACCAUUCUCCCCACUCUUCUGGAGGCGCUGGAAGUGUCGCAGGAGGGAGUGCGGACAAUGUCCUGUCACAGAUAGCAGCCCAAAGACGAAAAGCAGCCAGCCUGUCAGAACAGAAAAAAUCACCCAAAAAAUUGAUGAACAAAACCAGCAGCUCCACCACUCUUGAACCACCGACCAUCCAUUCCGGCAGCAAUGGACACUUACCAAAGAAAAAUGAAAAGUUGAAACGGCCUCCAUCAGGGACAUCUUCUACCUCCAAGAGCACCUCCCCUACUUUGACUCCGUCUCCCUCACCUUCACCAAAAGAUUGCCUGGUGGAGUCCACCAUGUCUUCAUCCUCUUCUCACAAACAUUCCAAGAGCAGCGGAGGCUCCAGCAGCGGAACUAUCACAGAUGAAGAUGAACUUUCUGCCAUUCUUAAGAAGUUAUCCCUGGAGAAGUACCAGCCCAUAUUUGAGGAGCAAGAAGUUGACAUGGAAGCUUUUCUCACGCUUACCGAUGGCGACUUGAAGGAGUUGGGUAUAAAGACUGAUGGAUCCAGGCAGCAGAUUCUGGCAGCUAUAUCGGAACUCAACGCUGGAAAGGGUCGUGAGAGACAAAUUCUCCAAGAGACGAUAAACAAUUUUCAUUCUUCAUUUGAAAGCAGUGUUAGUAAUACUCAGCCACCUGGAGCGAACCGAUCUCCCUCUGCGUGUGCAGGACCAAAAGCUGCUGUAUCUAGCAAAAGGUAACAAAUGGUACUAAAUGGUCCGCUCAA